GAUUUUUCUUCACAUUAUCUAAUCGAACGCCUUGUAAUCCAUUGUUGAAAGCAUAAUGGGUAGCACCAUUUCACAGAUCUUCCCGCCGAAGCCUAAGUUCACGGAGAAAAAUCUCCCGAGCCUCGAAGGAAAUGUCUAUAUCGUCACAGGCUCAAACACAGGAGUGGGCAAAGAGCUCGCUCAAAUGCUGUAUUUGAAGAACGCCAAAGUCUACAUAGCAGCGCGAUCCCAAGAAAAAGCAGAAGCAGCCAUCAAGGACAUAAAGAAAGCCGCACCAAAUUCAGAAGGCUUACUAGUCUUCCUGCACUUAGAUCUCAAUGACUUAACCACGAUCAAAGCUUCAGUCGACGAGUUCCUGGCCGCCGAGACCAGGCUUCACGUUCUCUUCAACAACGCAGGAAUCAUGUCGCCGGCGGCGGACUCGCCCAAAACUGCUCAAGGUUAUGAAAUCCACUUGGGCGUGAACUGUGUCGGUACCUUCCUUUUCACGAAACUUCUUACUCCAAUCCUCGUCGCGAGCGCAAAGACCGAGGCCCCGGGGAUCGUCCGUGUGGUUUGGGUAUCAUCUAGCGGAACAGAAAUAGCUGGCGUGAAAUCGCUCGGACUGAACCUCGACAAUCUAGACUAUCACAUCCCAGCGGAAGGCAUGAUCAAAUAUGCGUUGAGUAAAGCGGGGAAUUGGCUCCACGGCGUCGAGUUCGCGAAGAGAUACCAAGCCGACGGCGUUGUGAGCAUCCCGCUGAAUCCUGGGAACCUAGCAUCAGACCUUUAUCGGCAACAUGGACGGUUGUUCUCGAUUUUCGUGGCGAUGAUAACAUACCCUCCGAUUAACGGUGCCUGGACGGAAUUGUAUGCUGGGUUGUCGCCAGAGAUUACGCUGGCAAACAGUGGAAGCUGGGUCGUACCUUGGGGUCGCAUCUUACCGAUUCGAAAAGACCUGGUUGCUGCAACGAAGAGUGAGGCGGAGGGCGGGAACGGAAACGCGGCGAAGUUCUGGGAUUGGACGGAGGAGCAGAUCAAGCCGUACCUUUCAUCUCAGAAGUGAGUGAGGAAGUCGGGAACCAAGAUGUGCGGAGCGUGUGUGCUAGUAAUGAUAUUCAAGGACUAUGGAUGGCGGAAUUUUAAAGUUACACAUUUAAUUCAAGC